AUGUUUCCUCUGGAAGAGAUUACAAACCACUCUUGCUCUGGUUACCGGGAUCAGCCUCCUCACACGAUCCUUUACAACAUCUUGAGCGGGAGCGAGAGUCGCUACCUCAAUGACAAACUGAACCGUGACGCCACAGCACACAACUGCCCCUGUGAGCAGAGGCGGGCGGUUUGCCUCAAGGACCCAAAGGCCACCUGCCAAGUGGCCUCCAGCGUGCUGGUCAAAACCAUCUGCUUCGUGAGAAGUUUGCCAUCCUUCAGUCAGCUUCCAUCAGGAGAUCAGUCAUCUUUGUUAAGACACUGCUGGGUUCCUCUAUUUGUUCUGGGGCUGGCCCAAGAAAAGAUAGUCUUUGAGGUGACGGAUGCACCAAAUACGAGUAUCCUUAGAAAGAUUCUGCUCGGACCAGGACUCGCGGGCAACGAGGCUGACCGACCAACUGCUGCUGGACUCCACAACUUGAGAGCUUGCUUGCAUAAGCUGUGGAAUCUGGAUCUCAGUCCAAAGGAGUAUGCUUAUCUAAAAGGGGCUUUGCUGUUCAACUCAGCUGUUCAAGGAUUGAACGCCUCGUCGUUCAUCGAAGGCCUCCAACAGGAAGCUCAGAGAGCUCUUCGAGAAGUCAUCCACCUCCUGCACCCAGAGGACGCCGCUCGCUUCAGUCACGUCCUUCGAGCAGCCUCCACCAUUCAGAGCGUCAGCCACAGCCUGGUCACAGAACUCUUCUUCAAGCCAGUAAUUGGCAACGCAAAUAUGUUGCAUUUAUUAACAGAGAUGUUGUUUGUGCAAUGA